UAAGAUCUAGAGAUUUGUUUCAAUAUAUAAAUCUAAAUUUUAAAACAAGAUAUAAAUCAUUUCGAUUUUUAAAUGACGUAAUAUAUCAACAAUUGAAUAUAUAUAGCGCACAAAGCUUUAAUCGUUUACUAAGAUUGGCACAGUUUUAUAGAAGGAUUUACAAUGAACGAUCUAUUCAUAGAGUUAUUUCCACGUUUUCACGGCUGAGAAGAAAUCAAUACUAUUUAUUGAUUAGUUUUUCUAUGUUUAGUUGGGACAAGGAUGGUAUAACAGAUGACGAAUUUAAUAAAAAAAUCAUGGAAACCCAUUUUUACCACAAACCUUUGCCUUCUGACAAUUCAAUAUUCAAAAACAAUUUUAAUGGCUCCAAUCCUUCAACUUCCUUGGAUGAUUCACAUUAUGAUGAUGAUUGGGAAAUAAUUUUAAAUGAAAAUAACAUGACUGUAUUAAGGCAGCAAAUAGAUCAGGGUGAUCAAUAUAAAUAUAAAGUUCAUGGUACAUUUGACGAUAUUCCAGCCUGGGCCUUUUACAAAGCUCAAGUUGACACAGAAUAUCGCAAGAAAUGGGAUAAAUAUGUCUUAAAUUUAGACAUGUUACAACGUAAUCCCAAAAUGGAUUGUGAAGUUAUUCGAUGGGUAGUUUGCUUUCCGUAUCCCAUGUAUGAUCGUGAAUAUAUAUUCGUUAGAAGACACAAAUUUGAUCCAUCAAAAAACGUUAUAGCUGUCCUUUCCCGUUCUAUCCCUUACCCAACUCCGCCCAUUGACAAAAAAUUCGUGAGAGUUGAUCGAUAUAGUUCAAACCUUUUUAUCAAGCCCCAUGAAACGAUCGAAAAAAAUGGAUUCGAUUUUGUGUUGGAGUACAAUGAUGACCCGCAGUCAAUGUUUCCUAAUACUGUAUAUUCUUGGGUAACUAAAUCGGGAAUCGUGGACUUUUUGAAUCGACUGCACGAUGCAGCAAAAGAACUAUGCCAAUCUGAUCCCUGUAUCAGCAAACCUUCGGAAUGUAUCAAAAUGCCCAAAGAAGAUAUCAGAAUAUCUACAAGUAAUCUGCUAAAUGAUUCUCGCGAAUUGCCAUCACGAUCUUUCUCUUGACAAUCUUCUAUCAAAAUAAUUUAUGUGCAUUUGCAACUUGUUAUAAUCUUCAUUAUGCAAAAUAUCAGAUGUAAAUGUACGAUUAUAGGUUUCGGCAAUUUUUUUUAAUAUAAAACUUUAGAGAAAUUUACUCUUAGAUUUAUUAUUUAAAAAAAAAAUUUCUAAUCAUUUUUCAUUUUAUACUCUAAAAUUUUCAAAUUUAGUCGACGAAUAAUUGUUUAUUUUAUAUUUAAAAAAAAAUCAAUUCAUUUUAA